AUGAGUCCCUCCGCCCAGCCAGGCGAGGCGCGAGCGGAUGCAAUGCUUCAGGAUGCCUGCAAAGGCCUCCUCAAUGCACUCGACGCUAGAAGCGCCGCUCGAUUCGACGCGCUUGAGAAAGAGCACGAGAAGGCUAACCGGGUCAUUCAGGAACAGCAACAAGCCCUACAGACCUCCCUUGGCGCGCUGCGUGAGCAGUGCGAACAGCGCAGCAAGUCUUCUGGCGUCGACAUGGCAGCCAUUUGGGACGCCCUAAACCAAUUCAAGAAGGAAGACAGCGAGCGCAACUCUGCCUUGUCAGCCGCGAAUGAGGAUUUGUCGGCAAAUCUGGCAUCUAUGCGCGAUGGCUUGACAGCAGUGCACAAAAUGGUCGCUGACCUGGGCCAGCAAAUAGGAGAGCACGACACCAUUUCCCUCAGUGGUAAAUUGGAGCAAGUGGAGGAGAGCGUGCAGGAACUCCAACACCAACAGCAGACACUCCUACAGCAACAGCAGACGACUGUGCGGGCACUUGUCGAAGACCGCAAGUACGAGAGACUCCUUGAUGGUUCCCAUGUCCAAGAACUGACCACGUUGGGCAGUGGCAUGCAGACGAAGCUGCAACAACAGGAAUCUCUGGUACGAACAAUCGACAACUGGUACAAGUCACAAAGUCCAGCAGCCAUUCCCAGCCUUCGAGUGGUUCCAGCGACGUACGAGAGGCUUCCUUCUUUGCCACAAACGCUGCAGGGAAGCAACCGCAACGAGCACAAUGCGGCCGAAGACAUCGACGAUCCUGCACAACUUCGAUCCCCCUCCUCUGCCACCUUUCGUGGAUCGCCACCCGACAAAAGCGACGAUAGGCAAGCGUUCGAUGGUUCGCUGGCAUUCACUGUGACCUCCAGAAAGCGCACCACUACUCAAAGACAGAGCGAGACGUUCGAUGAAGAACUCAAGGCGCCACACAAGCGAUCUGGAUCCUUGCAGAGGAAGCGAGCCAGCAUCAAUUUGAAAAAGGCCAGUGCUGACUCUGUGGCCGAAUCGUUCUUCGCAACACGCAAGCCAUCGUCCUUGCAACAAUUCUUCACGGCUACAGAUGCGACUGAGGACGACUACGAAAUUGGCAGUGGUUCCGGCAGUGGUGCUAGCAGCGAAAUCGUAGUCGCAAGAUCCCAGCCAGCGCCUGCCCGCUUGACCUCAGAGUUUAGCCCUGCCAGUCAAGGUGUCUUCGAGAAGAUCCUGAAUGGCCAAUCUGCUAUAUACAGCCUGAAGACUCUUGGAGCAAACCCUUCACCAAAAGCGCAUCCUCCAUCUUGGCCGCGGAUGUCCGGUGCCAAUGUUCCGCCAGCACAUCUCGACGGAAGUCGAAAGGCCCAUUCAACUCAGGUGUCACAGCUGUCUCCAGUGCCAACACUGGGCCUUACCGAUACAAGUCUACCUGGCCUAUUCAGUAACUCUCAGCCCUUGACGAUGGCCGGUCAGGCUCCACACAGUCCGACACAGCAGUCUCAGGGCACAACCCCAUCGAAGCAGCCCGCACAGAUACUUUCUGCUCCUGCCGGAGGACGACGUCGCACGUCACGCGAGGCCAAGAAGAAAGGUGUCCCGGAUGACUUCGUCGACCUCAGGACAUUGAAGAGCGACAAGGUAUUGGGUCUAGUGCCAAAGGAGGAGUAG